AUGGAAGAGGUGGUAAAAAGACGUCCGAUAAUCGCUGGCAGGGAAAGGGGGCCUGGACCUGGGCGCUAUGCUCUUCCUCCAACCAUUGGUUAUAUAAACCAUGACUAUACAAAGCCCAGCAGUCCUGCCUACUCCUUCCAUAGCCGCAUGAGCAGUAACAUGGUUUCUGUGGAUUCCAGCCCUGGUCCUCAGUAUCACAUUGAUGCCAAAAUGACCCGCUUUGGCAGAGAUGGCACACCUUCUUAUUCAAUGCUGGGCAGAAAGAAGCGUACGCAUGACACCUUCCAGACCCCAGGUCCAGGAGCCUAUAGCCCUGAGAGAGCUCCUCCCCUAAACCAUCAUAUCAGACCCCCCUCCUACACCAUGGCUUUCCGCACACGUUACCGCUCCUUGGACGCUGUGCCUGCACCCAGCAAAUACAGCCUUCCUGUGCUCCUGGGCCCCCAAGUGCCCAACAAACCAUCCAGUGCCAGCUAUUCGAUGUCAGGCCGGAGGAAGUCCGGGGGACCGUCCGAGGACCUGUCGAUGACGCCGGGGCCCGGUCGAUACAACAGCACGGACCCAAACGUGUAUUUGAGUCGACAGCCAUCUUUCUCUAUUCAAAGCCGCCACACCGUCCCCUCAGACGUCACACGCAAACCCGGCCCAGGCACCCACAGUCCAGAGAAAGUCACAGCGCACCUUCCCCGACCACCAUCCUACUCCCUGGGCAUCAGACACUCUGAGUUUGUGACUCCUCUGGUUAUCGAUGUGUCAGAUUGA